AUGGAAAUCAAAACAUCGACUACUAAUAAUAAACUUGAUUCUAAGAAAAAAUCAUCAUCAAAUAUCGAACAUCUUGAAACAUUUAUAAUAGUUUGGUUAGAUUCAAAUAUUAAUAAAAAUCAACUAUUACAAAAACUUUUGCAUCAAUAUAUAACAUAUGUUGUUACAUUCAAUGAUUUAAAACUAUGCGAACAAUGGUUAAAAACUCGUUUAACCAAUGAAAAAAUUCUUUUUAUUGUAUCCGGUGCAUUAGGACGAAAAACUAUUCCUAAUAUUCAUCAAUUACAUCCAAUUGUUGCGAUUUAUGUAUUUUGUUUACAUCCAGAAUAUCAUACAAUAUGGACUAGAAAUUAUUCGAAAAUACAUGGAAUUAUUUCGGAAUCAAAUAUACUUUUACAACAAAUAUCAAAUGAUUUAAUUUAUUUGGAAAAUAUUGAAAAUUUAAAAACAAUUAAAAUUUUUACAGAUUAUCAUCGUCGUACGAGAAUUGUUGAUCCUGAAAUUGCGUCAUUUUUAUGGUAUCAAUUUUUUCUUGAAAUUCUUCUCUCAACAUCCUGUUUACAUUCGUCGCCUUCGUCUAUUGAAUUAAAUGAAAUACUUCGUCGAUAUUCUUUAAAUGAUGGAGAAUGUUUAGAUUUAAUUGAAGAAUUCGAACAGACAUAUGAUAAACAACAAGCUAUAAUAUGGCUUAUAAAUAAUACUAUAUUAACACGUGUUUUAAAUAAAGCAAUACGUGAAGAGAAUAUUUCCAUGCUUUUUUAUCUUCGUUUUUUUCUUAUUGAUAUUUAUAAUCAAUUGAGAGAUCAUCAAUUGGAUUCAGCACAUGUUUAUCAAAGACAAUUAAUGACAUUAGAAAAUAUUGAAAAUAUUAAAAUAAAUUCAAAUCAAUAUUUAAUUUUCAACGGAUUUCUUAUAACUUCAAUAAAUAAACCUGCGGAGUUUUUGUUGAGUGAUAUUAAUGAUAAUCAAUAUCAAACUGUUCUUAUAGAAAUUGAUGCAAAAAAUCGAAAGGGGUCAAUACCAUUUGCAUCCAUUCAACAAAUGACUAAUACGAAUAAUGAUUCAGAUAUUCUUUUUAUGUGUGGUGCUAUAUUUAAAAUUAUUUCAUUUACAAAUAAUUAUAAUUCAACGUGGACUCUUCAAUUAUCUUUGGUUAGUGAUAGAGAUUUGAAUAUAUUACUGGAUAGAAAACAAAAAUUCCAACAAAGUAAAGAUUUAUUCAUGAUUGUUGAUUUAUUAGAUCAUUGUAAUCAACAAGACAAAGCCAAUAUCUAUUGUCAACAUCUUCUACAACAAUUAUCUUCUGAUCAUGUUUUAAUACCUCAUCUAAAGAAAAGAUUGCAUAUGGAUGCAAAAAUUCUACCAGGUAUUGCACUACAGUGA